AUGGGGGCGCUUCUCAUGGAGGGGGCAACUCCCGAGUCCAACUUACCGGAGUCGCGGGUGCUCAUCAUCAUGACGGGCGGGACAAUUUGCAUGCAACCAUCCGCGGACGGUUUGGUACCCAUGACAGGCUUCCUGGAGAACGCCAUGGCGCCUCGCCCUUCAUUUAAUGAUAAUUCGACUCCAUCAGUCAAAAUCCACGCCUACAAAAAUGGCAUCAAGCUUGCACUCGACAGCCUGCGUACACCACCAAGCGCCUACUCAAGGCACAUCCGCUACGGGAUCCUCGAGUUUCAGCCACUCCUAGAUUCGAGCUCCAUCUCGUCGAUGGGCUGGACCGAGAUCGCUAACACGAUCAAGGAGAACUACCACAUCUUCGACGGCUUCGUGGUGCUACACGGGACCGACUCGUUGGCGUACACGGCGUCGGCGCUCUCCUUCAUGAUGGCAGACCUGGGCAAGCCCGUGAUUCUGACGGGAUCGCAAGCGUCCAUCUUUGCGCUGCAGUCCGACGCGGUCGAUAACUUGCUAGGCUCGCUCAUCAUUGCGGGCACGUUCGUCAUCCCAGAGGUGUGCCUCUUCUUCCACCACACGCUCUUCCGCGGGAACCGCACGACCAAGGUAUCAGCGUCGUCGUUCGAGGCGUUCGACAGCCCCAACUGCGCGCCGUUGGCCAAGGUCACUUCGCUCGGCGUUGACGUCAACUGGGCGUUGGUGCGCCGGCCCACGAGCAUCGCUAGCUUCUCCGUGGCCAAGUAUCUGGACACGGCGCACGUAGCGUGCCUGCGGAUCUUCCCCGGUAUCAAGCCUGAGAUGGUGGAUUCUGUGCUUAGGGUGCCGAAUCUGCGCGGGCUGAUCCUGGAGACUUUCGGCAUGGGCAACGCGCCGGGUGGUGUCGAUGGCAGCCUGACGAAGGUGAUUCGAGAGGCAGUGGAGCGUGGCAUUGUCAUCGUCAACGUCAGCCAGUGCACCAACGGCUUCGUCUCGCCGCUGUAUGCCCCAGCCACCGCGCUCGGUCGGGCCGGCGUCGUCUUUGGCCACGACCUGACUACCGAAGCCGCCUUGACGAAGUUGUCGUAUCUUCUAGCUUUGCCCGGGUGCGAGUACAGCCAGGUCACAGCCAAGAUGGCAGUUUCGCUGCGCGGCGAGAUGACCGAGAUGGCCUUGCCGUCGUUCUCACACCCUGCAGGGAGCCUCGAUUCUGCCGUGGGUAGGCUGACCGCUGCUGAAACGGCGUUUACUGCAUUGGGGUACGCGAUCCGGAACGGCGAGCUGCGAACGGUGCGGGAGAUCCUCGAGGGGGAUGAGGUGAACCACCAGUUGCUCAAGCGGGCCGACUACGCGGGCAACACGGCACUGCACCUGGCCGCUGUUGGGCCGGAGCCACUAGUGCUGCGUGACUUGCUUACGCGCGGUGCAAGCGUCCACGCCCGGAACCGGGCCGGCAACUCGCCUCUGUACCUGGCCGAGAAGAUGGGCAACGCCGAGUGUGUGCGGCUGCUCAAGGACGCGGGGGCCCAUCUGUGGCUCGACAAUGAGCUCAAAGGCGAAGGGAGUAGGGUGCCCAGCCGAGGGGCCAGCAGGCCGGUGUCCCCCGAUCGGACUGCCGCGAACGGGAGGGGGGAAAGUUCCGAGAAGGACGGUCGUGGUGCAGCAGGGAAGGGCAGUGCGGGUGUCAACACUGGAGCAGGAGUUGGUGGGGCAGGAGGCGGUGGUGGAGGUGGUGGAGGUGAAGGGAAUAGUCAUGGUAAUGGUGAUGAUGACGGCAAGGCUGCGAAGAUGGGAAAUGAGGGUCGCAUUGGACCUGUUGGUGCCGAGGCCGAGCCGGUUCGGGCGCUGUUGACGGGGGAUAAGGGGAAGAUCGUUGGCUGA